GGACUACCACCCGCAUCAGAUUUCUGUAUAUGUGUGUGUGCGCGAGAGAGAGUGAGGCACUCCUUUUGCAGAGAGAGGGAGAGAGAAAGAGAGGUCCAGAAAGCGUUGGAGCACUGAAAGAAGAAAGAAGACUUACUGCUGCCACAUUUCCUCACUCCACAACCAAACACAAAGUGAACACUUUUCUCUGAAAAAAAAAAAAGUUAGAAAACCGGACAUGGACGGGAUAACAUUAGGACGCACGUCGCUCUUGUGCACCUUGCUCUGGGCAUUUCUAGUUUGCAGUGAGGCUGUGACUGUGAAAGUGACUCCAAAAGUAGAGGUGUUGAAAGGAGAGACUGCCAAACUGCCCUGCAAAUAUACUGUCGCACCAUCAUCAAACAACAUCAUUGUAGAAUGGUACAUUGAGGAGCAAGGAACCAGGAAGCGCGUGGCUUUCCGCUCCCAGGGUGGUGUCACCCAAAGCGACGACGGCACCCCUGUGAGUGGCCGGGUCACUUUGGGAGAGGACUUCACCUUGACCAUCUCUUCCGUUCAACCCUCUGAUGAGCUUGUCUACAUCUGCCAGGUCAAUGCUGGCCCCGCUGGGGUCGGAGAUGCCUCCACCAUGCUUAAUGUCUUCUUUGCUCCUGAGAAGCCAGAAAUCAAAAGACCAUCAAGUCAGGCCAUUUCUGUGGGAGCGUCUACCAGCUCUGAGAUUGGUACCUGUGUGACGAUGAAUGGACAUCCCCAGCCAAGAAUUAUCUGGUUUAAAGAUGACCAACCCCUGCCUGAAGUUAAGGACUCGAAAGAAAAGACCUACAUGAUUCCCUCGGUUGUGAAGGAAGCUUCUGGUCUCUACACUAUCAAGACCACCCUGUACAUGCUGCCCACCAAGGCCGACAAGGACUCUAAGUUCCACUGCAUCGUGGAGUACAGCAUGCCAGGAGACCAGAUCAAAAAGAAGUUGUCUGACACCAUCGCCCUCAACCUCAACUAUCCAUCUGAGACAGCAACCUUUUCCCUUCUCAACGCCGAUCAAGUUAAAGAGGGUGAUACUGUCACUAUGAAGUGUGAGACUGAUGGACACCCUCAGCCUGAGUUUGAGUUCACUAAAGAUGGAAAUGACAUCCUUGGUCAGGGUGGUCUGCUGACACUGAAAUCUGUAAAACGCACAGACACCGGUGUGUACAUGUGCAAAGCUAUAGAUUUUGAUAACUUGGAUGCUGACCUGAGUGGAACAGUCAACCUCACCGUCCACUACAUUGACCCAGUGAAUGUGGUCCCUGUUGAACCUCAAGUCGUCAUGCUUGGAGACAAGGUGGAGUGGCAGUGCAAGACCAAGGCCUCUACUUCGCAUACCAUUCAUUGGAAUAAGGGCUCUCAGGUUCUCUCUCAGAACGGUGUUCUGUCACUACAUGACGUUUCCUACGAUCAAGCUGGAGAGUACACGUGUGUUGGAGCCGUGCUAUCUGUGCCAGGACUGACAGCCCAGGCCAGAGUCAACCUCACUGUCAAAGGAAAGCCGAUGAUUGAGGCUCCCGUUGCUGGAGAGGUGGGGGGAGAAGGAGACAUGGUGACUCUGAAGUGCUCAGCCUACGGCUUCCCCGCCCCACAGUUCACCUGGAAGCCCUCAGGAAAGGAGUCGGUAUCAGUGGAAGCUAACAAGGUGGUGAGCACAGUGACCCUAAAAGCCACAGCUGAGGUCAUGAAGGACGGGGUGACCUGUGAGGUCUCCAACGAGUACGGAACUGAUAGCAAGACCUUCCCAGUAUCUCUCAAAAGAGCAAUUGACAACUCGGCUGACAGAGCUGACAAGCAGCAGGGAGGCUCCAGCGGGGUGGUGAUAGCCGUGGUGGUGUGUGUUCUGCUGCUCCUGCUGCUGGUGGCUGCCAUCUACUUCCUGAACAAGAAGAGCAAGCUGCCCUGCAGCAAGAAGGACAAGAAGGAAGUGGCCAGUGGAGAAGUGAACAACGACAUUGUAGUAGAGAUGAAGACAGACAAGGCCAACGAAGAGGCCGGUCUCCUCAACAAGAGACCGUCCACAGAACAGUGAUGAACACAGCUGAAGAAAGCAAGCGACAGAGAGAUGAAGGGAAGGAGGACAACUGUUAUGAAGUGAACAGGGCUAAUUUUUAUUUGCUACACGAGAGGAGCACUGAGGGGCACAACAAGAGGUGGAGCAUGGAAAUGGGUUUGAUUUGGGGAGGCACACCAUUUUUGGCAUUGGUUAUGCUUGUUUUAUAACCUGGAGUAGUAGACAUGUUGGGUGGAGCCCCCCUCUUUUUUUUUUGAAUUGCUUUAACUCCAUCCAUCUGUGCGACUGCAGGUUAAAAACCAUACAUGUGCAAAAUCGCAAUGUGACUCAUUAUCACUGGAUUAUCAUGGUUUCUUUUGAUUCUAACUCCUUAUUCACCAAUCACAUCUUUGGUUGACUCCACUGCAGGGUAGUACUGGACAGUGAGGCAUGGCUCACACAAUCCAAACACAGUGGCAGAAUCUUUCUUAUCUACCCCAAAUGAAACACAAAAUGCCAUUAAGCCACUGAGUGUUUUUUCGGGAUUGUGUGUUUGCAUGCGAGUGUAACACUGAAAGUCUAUUCUGUCUGGGAGUCUGCACUUAAAUUUUCUGCUCUCUGCUGGACAUAUUGGGCAAAAUUAUCACAGGCUGUCAUUCUGUUUUAUUCACUUCAGUAAGUAGUGAUUAUUUAUGCUCACAACAUGUAAUCCCUAAGCACACUGCUUGGCGCACAUGGCUGAAACAUUUCUGCUCAAAGAAGCUCUGUGUUUGCUUUAGUGCUGUUUGUUUAAUUGCAUUUGUGCCACCUGUGAAUGUUUAUAUAUUUCUUUUCCAAUAUCCCUAAUUAGCUGUCAGUAGAAACAGCCUAGGCAUUUAAUAACACCAGUCCUUUCUCUAGAAUUUCUCACCUUUUUAAAUCCAGCUAAAAAGUCACAGAACAAGCAAGCUAUUAGGUUGUACAAAUUUGUUCUUGCCAAUUCCAGCAUACUUGUAUAUUAUGUUAGUACACGAAUUAUUCACUUGUUUUCCUUUGCUCGCCUGUUUUCUCUGUAAAUUCAAACACUGAUUACCCUGUCUGUCAACCAGGUGGUAUACUGUGCAUGAUGUGGAGCUCAGAGUUGCUGUUGUUACUAAGCCGCUGGCCUGGCACCGUAAUUGCUAUCAUUUCUUACCAAGUCUUUCACAGCCUUUCAGUCCUCGACUCUGUGAUGAAACCAUUCUUGCAAGCACAGCACACAGCGGUUCUACUCAGAAAGCCCAGUUAUCAUCAACGUUCACUGUAAAAUUGGUGGAAUUUGGUGAAAUGGUCGACAGUCUCACACUGCAGCCUGCUGUGUCGCUGACAACAAAACACAAGUCUGAGGGGCUACGGUUCAGUAGUCACAGAUUCACCUGUUAGAAGAAAUCACUGGCACAGGUUCACUCUAGUUUAAUACAAGCUGGGAAGGGAAGGGAAGGUGUGGGAGGGAACAGGAUUAUGUGAUGUUCCUUUUAUUUUUACCAAAUCAAAGCAUUUUCGAGUGUCACAACAGGAAUGUUUCUGUGUUUAGGUUUGUAAUACUGGCGUUGCUGUUUCUCCCUUACACUGUCAGCAGGCCAGAGAGGUUUGAUAGCGGGUUGACGUGCCCUUUUACUUUGUUGUACACUGGAACCAAUGGCCUUGAUUUUGAAAAAGGUCACCUCAAACCACUAUCUGUGCCCACAAGGCUCCUUUUUAUUUUCCAAUGACUUUCUACUGAUCUUGCCAUAUUGACUGUUAGCAAACCUGUGAUGGCAGGUGAAGAUAGGUGAACUUGGAGAUUUGUUUUUUGACUUUAAUGUUUUAUAUAAAAAAAAUAUUGUGGUAUACAAGUUGUUAUUUUUAGAAAGGGGAUUCUUAAUUUUGCAACUACUGAGGUUUAAUUUUCCCAUGAUUUUCCACUUGUUGAGAAGAGAGAGAAAAGGGGUUUUUUUAUUUAGGAUUCAUUUUUAUGAGAUAUUCUCAGUCUCAGUGCUUUACUUCUCUCUCUGUACUGUAUACUGUAUAUUUUGUGGUACACUGUUGUGACUUCUGUGGUGUGUUGAUGUAUCGUUUUAUUACGUUCCAGCUGUGUAGAUUUCUAAUGAAAAAAAAAAAAAACUCAACAAAACCAAUCAUACCCCUUUAUUUUGUGUGUUUUUGUUCCCACCUUU